AUGCCCACAGCGUUAGAGCAGUAUUACGCAACGAAUUACUCAAAAUGUAAUCUACCCUAUAACAUUCUUGCCACGUGGCAAGCAGUUGCCUAUCCAAUACACAUUAUUCAAUUUUGUUCAUUACCUGUUCAAGUCCUGGCUUUCUACAUUAUUAUCACAAAGACCCCGCCAAGAAUGAAACCAAUGCAAUUGCCACUUUUUCUGAAUCACCUAUUCUGUGCAUUGUUUGACAUCUGUAUGUGCACACUUUCUACGUUAUACUUUUUCCAACCAAUAAUGGCGUUUGCAAGCGUUGGUGUGCUCAACUGGUUGGGUGUACCAUUUGUUUAUCAGGCAGUUCUUGGAGGAGCAAUGCUUGCAGGUGUUGCCGGCUCAUACGUCUUCUUAUUCGAAAGCCGUAGCAGUUCUCUACCCGAAAAUCGAUUUCGCAUAUAUCGCAAAACAUCCCGUUUUGCUUAUUUCACAUAUUUUCUCACUCCGUUCAUAGCGGCAUACGUUGGCAUGGUCAUGAUUGCCGAGGAAUCAGACGCUGGAAAAUUACGGGCUCUAGCUAUUUACCCUUGCCCUACACGAGAGUUUUUCAUAUUUCCUGUUUGUGUAUUCGAGGGCACGACGAGCCACAUUUUUCUAGUUUAUGCCUUGGUUAUGUCACAUACAUCUGGAAACAUUAUAUUUCAUGUCGCAUGCCUUGUAUAUUACUUGUAUGUUGCGCCUCCACGCACUCUGUCACAAACUACUCGAAGAGAUCAGAAGAUAUUUUUGGUCUGCGUGACGGCACAGACUUCGGUGCCACUUUUGGUUAUAAUCGCUCCGGCCAUGACCGUUUUGUUGGCAUCGUGGGCGGGAUAUUAUCGGCAAGAAUGGAUGAGUUUGGCUGCAAUUUGUGUUGCAACUCACGCGCUUGCCGAGAGCAUUGCAAUUAUGAUGGUGCACAAACCCUAUCGAGCAGCGAUUAGGAAAAUGCUCCGAAAAGAAAAUGCAAUCGUCAUCCACAGAAGUGUAGAGUUAUAA